GCUCGAGCAGCAGUAGCGGCGGCCCUGGUUGGGGGGGCGGGUAGAGAGAGAGGUUGUUUCGCUUGCUUUGUGCUGGCGGCGCUCGGCCUUUCCACAAUUCACCAUGUCCGGCAGGUCGGUGCGGGCCGAGACCAGGAGCAGGGCCAAGGAUGACAUCAAACGGGUUAUGGCAGCUAUCGAAAAAGUACGGAAAUGGGAGAAGAAAUGGGUAACUGUUGGUGACACAUCACUAAGGAUCUACAAAUGGGUGCCUGUAACGGAACCUAAAGUUGAUGAUAAGAACAAGAAUAAAAAAAAGGGGAGAGAUGAUAAAUGUGGCUCUGAAGUGACGACUCCAGAAAACAGCUCCUCGCCAGGCAUGAUGGAUAUUCAAGAUGAGAACAGUAAUCAGAGUUCUAUAGCAGAUGCUUCUCCAAUGAAGCAGGAGAACAGCAGCAAUCCAAGUCCUGCACCUGAGCAGAACUUGAUAAUCCAACCAGAGGGCGCUGAAACUGGGACUGAGGACGUUCAGCCCCCUGUCAAAGAUCAGCCCAGCUCUGACGACACAUCACCACCAGCAGAGCCAAAUUCCCAAACUCCCCCAGAAUUAUCUCCAGCUGAUUUAGAGAAAUCAGAUAUGCAGCCAUCGGGAGUGAAAGAGAACACAGAUACUACCAAAGAUACUCAGGAAUCUGAAGAUGGGGAGCCACUUCCAAAAAAGAUCAGAACAGAAACCUCUCAGCAGAGUGCUGAGGAGAGUUAGGCUGUCCAAAAACUCUGGGUCACUUUCCAUGAAAAGGUACAUCAACAGGCCUCAAUUCAGACCGACCUUCUAGAAACUUUCACACAUUACUGAACAUGGAGGAACCACUGACCACAAACGAUUGUUGGGUCAUAAUCCAAGAAAAUUUGGGAAGACUGGACAGAUAUGAUGCUGACUAAUUUCUCCUGUGAAUACACAUUCUAGUGAUUUAUAUAUUUAAAUUACUUUCACUGUUAAAGUUGGGUGGGGUGGGUAGAAGAAAUGGACUCAGGAGGGUUUACGCACUGGUAGUUUAUAAAACUUGUCAAGAUCACAUGUUUUUGCUGCUGUAUUUCAUUUCUUUUAUUUAUGUUGUAAAAUAUUUAAUGAUGGUACAGGUCAGAAUUAGUAUACAUGUGAAGUCCAUUAUUCAUGCCAUUUUAAUUCCAUUUUUGUGCCUCUUUUUUUUUUAAAAAAAAAUGACCACUAUCUUACAGAAAGUGCCCUUUGUUUGCCUUGAAAGUAGUAAGAUUCUAUUGUGAUCAUGUUUAAUCAGUGUAACAAAAUCUGAACGAUUGAUCCUUUUCAUGUUUAGCUUUGUAACUAAAACAUUCUACAAGUAUCUAAAAUAGAAGUCUAUUUCCUUGAAUACAGCCAUGUACAUAGGUUAUUCUAUUUGUUUACUAAUGAAUGGAAAUACGGAUUUCUGGAUACAAUGGAGUUGUGUAGUUGAAAAUAAGUGUCUACACAAAUAGAAUCUAUAAUGGAUGUGUAAUUGUAUUCAACUUGUAGGCCAACCAGAAAUCUGGAUGUAAAAUGAAACUUUCAAGCAGUGAAUGGUAUACAGCCGGAAUAUUGUUAAUAUUUAAAAAUAGUUGAUGAGCUGUCCUAAUGCUUUGGCAAACUAAUCUGAUGAAUUCUUACCUGAAGGUCCAAGAUUGUAAGUCUCUUCCAAAAGUAUCCAACUGAUUCUGUACUGCUGUGUAGGACAGGUGAGGUUGUUCUUAGUCUACAACAGAUUGUAGCAAUGCCUGUGCAAGCCUGAGAGCAAGAGACUCUUUGGAUGAUGCAUGUUGUGGGAUAUAAAAGAAAGUAUAAAUACUGUACUUUAGUUUGCCUCUUCUGAAAAAAGUGAUUGUUGAAACUCUGUAUGUCAUGCUUUUGUUUGAUCAGCUAAUGCAAACAAACCUACUGAAUUUCUUCAGUAUUGAAGAAAACUUGAACAAAGGUGAUGUGGGUAUUAAAUUUAUUUUGGCAAAUGUUACAUUUUGAAGUAAAAAAAAAAUUUGCAAGUAGGUCAGUUUUCCAAAUCACUUUGGCAUUUGAUUUGCAUUUUACCACACAAAGUUUAAAUUGAUUAAAUCCUUGAAAUGUCUAAAAGCUGUGGCAACAAAGAUGUAGAUAUGAGUAUGAACUUAGGGGUCUCUAUCUGAGACUUGAGCUUGUUGCAUUUUAUAGGCAAUGUUUUAAAUUCCAGUUCUGAAUAAUUGAUAGACUUCAUACUACAUUCAUUCUCACUUGAAUGAACUGUGUACUAUUUAGUAAUUUAAAAUGUUGAUGGUUGCAUUUCCCUGUGGCAGGAUAUGUGUUACAUCUUUGGAUUAAAUACUAUAACUGAUAAAACUGUUUAAAGCCAUUAGCGUUUUUAUUUAUUUGAGGCUUUAUUGAUUUUUUUUUUUAAAACCCAUGGCUCCAACAUUAAUAAAUGGAACUGAGCAUCACAGAAGCUCAAAACUACGGUUGUAUUCAAGGAAAUAAAAUUAAUGUAUAAACCUGCACUGCAUUGCAGUUUCCCUUUGCAUAGGUAAUAGGUGCUUAUGUACUGCGAAUGAGAAUACAUGUGGUUUUAACAAAUUGAUUUGCUCAAGAUUAUCACUCGCUCACACUGACAUGCCUGAGUUUUUCCACCUUAAAUGUUUUAAAUGAUAUAAUUUUGUUUAAAGUGGAUUGAAUACUUGAUAACUUUAUAAUAAAUUCAAACUCUGACAAUAUAUAAUAUUCCCAUUAUAAAUGUUUGAAUUUCUGUAACCCAGGCCACUUAGAAAAUUCAGUUACUGAAUCUGAAGUAAUUUUAUUGGACGGAUUCAACUCACAGUAAAUUGUUUUUAAAGUCAAUUUUAUGUUGCAUAAAUCUCAGUUCUGUAUAAUUGUCUGCAGUGCUAGAGCAGCCCUUAGUGUUAACAUUUGUUCAGGCAAUGCAUUUACCCACGUGGGCAUUGGGCUUAAAUUUGCAAAACCAAGUUUAGUGCUGGUUGAAGCCCCAAGUGCAGAAUUAAAAUAUAAAUAGGUAGAGACUGUAAACAGCAUGAUCUGCCUAGUUGUAUUAGGUUUUGAGAGGCCUAUCUUUGACGGGUCAGCUAAGACUGCACUGAAGAAUGACCCUAGAAUAGAGGUUUUUUUCCCCCCACUUUGAAGAAGCAAGAAUGGCCCUUGUUGCUCUGAAAACUCCAGCUCACUAGCACAUUUGAGGAUCUGUUUCCCGUCCCCACUCUUCCAGGCUCAAUCUAUAGCGAGUGAGCUCUGUAAUUCCCUAAACUUCCCAAAGAGAUAAACCACGGAGUACCCAUUUGAUACUUUGAGCUCACGGCAGCAUUUAAACAAAGCCUGAAGCUGAAUUUAGUUUAGGUCUUGGAUCAGCACAGUCUGGCAUUGCUCGCCUGACUUUACUGCAGUUUCAGGUGCACACUUACUUGCUUAACUUUUGUCCCUUACCAGUUGGUUAGCAGAUGUCUGGUGUUCUGAAUUGUAUUUUUAAUUUCUGUUCUGUAUUUUGGUUGGGGGGUGGAUGGGUGAAAGUUGGUUUUGAAUUUAUUGCUUGGUUAUUUUCGUGUUGCAGAAACUGUGAAAGUGAAAUAUCAGCAUGGUCUUGGGACUACCUUAUGCAUUACACUAGAUUGGAGUGACUCAGGAACUGAUUAGUAUGUCUGGUUGUUUCACUUAUGAUCUCGUGCUCAAAUUCAAAUGAAUGAAAGUUGGAAAUGGUGUUUGCAAAAAUGUACCUAGUGAGUCUAGACACCCAAACCACUGUAUAAAGUGGCCCCAAAAUGUGCUCAAACCAAUGUAUAAUUUGCAUUUUUCAUCAGCGUUUUAGUAAAAUGCUCAAUGUGCCUAUACUUGGCCAUAUUUUUAACUUGCAUAGUUUUCUUAAGAUUGUAAUACUUUAUGAUGGGGACCUACUGAAGCUGAGUUGUCUCCUCAAUUGAACCUGUUCUAUUCUUGCAUAUAGAAAUAAAUCUGUAAUUUUUUAAAAAGAUUUGGAAACUGGCUGAGUAGGAUUGGAUCAAUUUGCUGUUUGUCCAACUGAUCCAAAUAUCAAAUGAUAUGCAGAUUCUUAAAUAGAAUAAUAUUGAAUAGUGACAGGAAAAACAGAAUGGUUCUUAGUACUGAAGGUGUAUACUGUUUGAAAAUUUCUGUAUGAUACAUGUUUGAGCCACAUGUCUGCAUUAAUUUAGUGUUUUUUUUCUUGGACCUUUUGACAGUGCUAUUUUAAAAUGCUAAGUCCAUGGGGAAGGUUUCACUUAUUUGAAAAUGCAAGGGAACUUUUUUUUUCUUGCAGGACUUUCAAAAGUAAUUCAAAAUAAAUAUAAUAUUAAUUAUCCUGUUUUCCUUCAGGUAACUAGUUCAAGGAUUUCUGGUUCAGUUUUGAUAUACUUUGGAACCUUGUUAUACACAAUACUGGGGACCGGCAACACUUUUAACUAGGUUUCAAAGUACUGCUGCUGUUUAACUUUCUUUGUUUUUUGGUUUUGUUUAUGAUGGAUGCAUAAACCAAAAGCAGUUCAAGUUUUAGUGGCAAGUUUACUAAAAGUGAUGAGGUGUGUAACAGUCCCCAAAUGUUGAGAGUGAUUUUUAUGUAGGUAUUUUUUUUAGUUUCAAGAUGGCUGCAGUGAAAGUUAGUUGCAAACCUUGUGUCAUGAAGGGGCUCAACAGUGUAAUUUUUUAAGCUAUGAGCAACACUAAUGAACUUUGUAGGUGUGGUAUGAAUUUUUAUACAAUUGGGUGUAGUCUUGCCUUCCAUAACUAAGUUUGGCUUUUCCUAAUAGAAUUUCUGUACAAUCUAACUUGGGUAUUGUCUUUUUCCAUUUGAAACUAGUGCAGUUUAAUGUUCAAGAAAGCUUCUGGCUUCAUUUAAAAAAAAAAUGAUAAAAUGGUUUUAAUUCCAUCAUAAAAGCAGUGCCACAGUUAAAGCAGGUAAACUUUGUGUACUUUUAUUUAAAACAAAAACUUGGGGGUAGUGCAAGUUUUUCUCUUAUACUUAAAAAAAAAGUUGGAGCUUCUGUUACAUUUUAGUUACCCCUGAAGCUUCCUCCAUCUGAGGAAUACUUUAAAACAAAUCCCAUCUUGUAUCUGUGAACUCUAAGUUGUUAUCUUGCAGGACUGUGAUAUUGCCAGGGCCAGAAUGAGUGUUUUAACUUUAGGUAAAGUUUUUUGUCUUUCAAAUUUUGCCUUUCAAAUUUUUAUGUUAAUAGAGAUUGAAGCACCACAUUCCAAAUGUUUGUAGAAGUGCAGGCACUUACUCACUAAUAUAUCAAAAUAGCAGCAAACAUUCUUGUUGUGAUUUUAGGUCUUGAAAUCCAUGCUACUACUACAUUUUAACUACAAAAAGCUAUAUGAAUACUGUCCGAUUGUCAACACGAAUUAAUUUGUGAUCAGUUUGCCCAUCUUUUAACAACGUAUUAUGAUUUUUAGAGACCGAAGCUAUCAUGAAAAUACUUAACAAUUUCCAACUGAAAUGCAAUGUGUUGUACAGCAGUAUGUUUUCUUUAUUUAUUCUUGAGUAUGGUUUGUACC